AUGCAGGUUGAACUCCUACAGAGGAUGCCAAUGGACAUUCGCCUCGCAGCAAGUGCGCAAGCAGCCGAGGUAGCCAGAGCAGAAGAUAUAAAAAGCAAGGCAUGUCUAGUCGAUCACUUAGUUGGUUCCUGGCACGUAGAGAACGCACUGGGCAUUGACGGUGUGACCGUGCUCCUCGAGAUCUUGCCAAGGUCAUCCAGCGCGUGUCAGGAAGUGGUCGGUCAUAUACAUUACUUGGGAAAGAAGACCCAGUACUCAGUUUCUGCUACGCCACUGGACAGCGGAAAGCUGCACGUGAAGUAUCUCAACAAUCAGUUGUGUAUAAUGGGAGCCAACAGCAUCACAUCUGCAGCAUUGCCGCUUGCAGGAAUCGGGGUUUUUCUCGCGAGGCCUACGCUUUGGAAAGAGGUGGUGUGUCCGUUGGUGGUUUCCGUCAUCAGUACGCUGGUGUCGCUCAUUGUGCUCUUUGGGGCAGCACUACGUCCUCAAGCAGAUGCUUUGGUCCAUGCUGGAUGGCCAGGAUGGGUUGCCUGGAUUUCUGGAGUGCUGCUGGUCCUCGCAGAAGUGGCCGUGAUCAACAUCAUCCUGAUGCUGGUUCUUUUUGGCUGUGUACAAUCCAAGAUCAUUCGGGCAGUCUUACAAGAGAAGGGGAUUAUGGACCAACUGCGCACUGAAUUUGCUCAGCGCGGAAAGGAGCUCCCCGAGGCCAAUUGCUUACGGGAUCUCGGUCACAACCUGCUAUUCCUGCUGGGAAGGCUGCCGCUGAUGAUUUUGACACUGCCGCUUCAUGGCGUGCCUGUGUUGGGACAGGUGGCCUGGGUUAUGUUGAAUGGAUGGAUCUACGCAUGGGAAUUGGAAGCUGAGUUCCUUGUGUUUGCACGCGAGCGGCACCGAUGCCAUGAGCAAUGGCGCUUCGUCAGCAAACGCUUUGGAGCAUUUGCAGGCUUUGGCUCAACAGCAAUGGCACUGGAGUUGAUUCCCUUCGUUGGUCCCUGGAUUUUCUUCGCAUCUAAUGCUUGUGGCGCAGCUUUGCUGGCAGAAAUCUUCUUCAAGGAGACGCAUAUGCACAGCAAUGGAGCAUGGACCGCGAAGAUGGCAGAGCCGGGAUAUUUUCACGAAGGCGAGUAUGAUCUGGCUAAGGACCUCCUGUUGGAGGACCUGGGCGCAGUGAAUGGCGAGAAGCAGAAUGAAAACAUGGAGCUCGUCUUCAAGCGUGCCAGAGCUUCAUGA